CUCAAAGCCUCCACCUGUACCUGCACUCACUCAUUUUCCACAGUUUAAAAACCUGACCAGCCGCUUCUGCUUUCUCUCUCCUCCGCACUUCCAUGGCUUCAUCUUCCAAAUUCUCCAAAAAUGAUCUUGUCUCUACUUCACCACCACCGCCACCACCACCUCCAACUCCUCUACAGCAACACCAACAACCACCUCUCAAAAAACCAAGCGACCCCAUUAACAUCAGCAAGAAACGAAAGCUUCACACUUCAACUCCCUCUGACAACAACAACAUUCUCUCUCCUUCCAUGGAAGACCUCUCUCUCUCAAAGUCCUCACACCUCACUCAUCAAGAGGUCCUCCGCCGCCGUCUCCACCGUGUUCGGAGGCUCUCCACUGUUUACAGAGACCAUUACUGGGCUUUGAUGGAGGAUCUUAGGGUUCAUUAUCGGGAUUACUACUGGAAGUACGGUGUUAGCCCUUGCAAGGAGGAGGAUGAGAGAGAAAGUGGCGGUGAUCGAGAAUUCGCCGGAUUCAAUGUUGAAGGAUGUGGAGAAUCCAAUAACAAUAACAACAAUAGCACCAUUACUAAUAAUCAUGGAAAUUGCGUUGUUGCGGGAAAUGGUGGUGGUGGCGGAAAAUUAGGGUUAGGGUUUGCAGGUGAGAGUGUGCCGGAAUUCAAAUCCUCUGGGAAUAAUCGGUGUGCUUAUGUAACGUGUAGGUUGAAGGCUAUGGCGUUAACUAGCUUUUGCUAUUUGCACAUUUUGUCUGAUCCUCAGCAGAACCUGUACAAGGCUUGCAACUAUAUUAUCAAGAUUGCACAACAGGGACCGAUACUUUGCGGGAGGCCAAUACUAAAAGCAACGGUUCCAUCACUGUGCAACAUUCACUUUCCGAAGGCUCAGAAAGAUGUUAAACAUGCGUUGAAGAAAGGAGGUCUAAAUGUGUCAUCAUCUAGUAAACUUGCUGACAAGUUCCAUGUUAUUGUAGCAGAGUAUGUUCAACUUAUACAGUCCAAGAGAAGGGCAGCUCAGAAGCGUAAUGUCAAGACUGUUGUUGUCAAAGAAGAAUCAAUGUGCUGAACAACUUUUCUGCUUCAGGAUAAUAACUUGCUGGGCUAAGUUGAAUGCUAAAUUUUGUCUCGGGGAGAGAGUUGCUGCUUGUUAUCUAUGUUACCCGCGCAUGAUAUGCCUUGAGACUUUUUAUCCAAGUUAGCCUUUCAUAACUUUGCUGCCAAUGUAUUUAUGUUCAAAAAUGUAUGAGGCGUCACCUUAUUUAUGCUAUAGUGUUGUUGUUUAGACCCACAGUUUGUAAAUAUGUAAGUUUAUUACAUGUUGUAUGUAUGUAAAGUUAGAUUUACAUUUUGAAAAAGCAUUAUAAAUAUUUAUAAUAGAUUCCUUGGGCA